UUUUGUAAUUAGAACACGAAAGUGCACUCGACCUAUUGGGGUAACUUUUUAAUGUCGUAAAACCAAGCAAACGCUGUUGAGUUGGGACUUAACUUUUCAUGGUUACUUCAGAGUGCGCGGAUGCAUGACACAAAUCUUGCCUUGACCGAACCUCAAUUAAAAUUGAGCGACCUAAAACGCUUCAGAUUCUGCAAUUAGCUUGAUAAAACAGUUUGGAAGUUAUCUAAACCAGAAAGAAUUACUCUAUAUCAUGUCAGAGCCGGAUAUUAAGACGUUUUCUGGGGCGGACUACGGAGUCCUGGGUGCCAUGCUCGCCUUGUCUCUGGGCAUAGGUUUCUACCAGGCCUGCGCUGGCGGGAAGCAGAAGACGGCUGAGGAAUUCUUGAUGGCCAAUCGUAACAUGCAUCCGAUUCCUGUGGCCCUCUCUUUGGUGGCUAGUUUCAUCUCAGCCAUCACCUUCCUCGGAACACCAGCCGAAAACUAUGUUCACGGUAUCAUGCAUAGUUGGUUCUGGUUGGCGAGCGUCUUUGCAUCCAUCAUCACUAUGCUUCUAUUCAUGCCGACGUUCUAUCGGUUAGGUAUAACGAGUUCUAAUGAGUACUUAGAGUUACGGUUCAAUCGCUCUGCUCGCUAUCUUGGGAUGGGAAUUUUCUUUCUCUACAUGAUUUUUUACCUUGGUAUUGUUCUAUACGCACCCUCCUUGGCUCUUAAUGCUGUGACAGGAUUAAAUCUAUGGGGAUCGGUUUUCGCUAUCGGUAUUGUCUGCACGCUUUAUACCACAAUAGGAGGGAUGAAAGCUGUUCUUUGGACUGACGUUUUUCAGAUGACAUUGAUGGUAGUCGGUUUCAUCGCCGUCAUCAUCCAGGGCGCCAUCAGAGUUGGUGGGAUAGACAAUGCUUGGCAGAUUGCUUCAUCGGUCGACGAUAGAAUGAACUUAUGGGUUUUUAGCACUGACGUCACACAACGUCACACGAUAUGGGGGAUUUUGAUUGGUGGAACCUUGUCAUGGACCAGUAUCUUCGGCGUGAAUCAGGCUCAGGUGCAGAGAUACCUCACAUGUGGGUCCAUUGAGAAAGCAAGAAUAGCAAUAUGGAUCGCCAUGUUUGGUAUGAUAUUGGUUCAGGUGCUCCCUCACAUUGUGGGCGUGGUCAUGUAUGCUAAUUACGCUGGGUGUGACCCCAAGAUCCAAGGCGCCAUAGCGAGCUAUGAUCAGUUGAUGCCCUAUUUCAUCAUGGAUCUGUUCGGUUCGAUGCCAGGUUUACCUGGGCUACUAACAUCGGCAGUCUUCAGCGCAGCAUUAAGUACUAUUUCAUCGGGUCUGAACGCCCUCGCAGCAGUAGCCGGUGAAGAUAUCAUCAAAUCCAUUUGGCCAAACAUGAAGGAUAGUCAGUACACGUGGAUAUCGAAAGGAUUUGCUUUGCUGUUUGGUGUUGUGACCAUUUUCUCUGCACUCCUAGCAUCUGAGAUGGGAGAAAUCCUCCAGAUGGCAAUGAACCUCUUUGGUAUGUGCGGUGGUCCUAUCCUGGCUCUCUUCUCGUGUGGAAUGUUCUUCCCAUGGAUCAACUCAAAGGGGGUCAUAUCAGGGACUCUUCUCGGUCUUGCCUUCGCCUUCUGGGUUGGUAUAGGGGCGCAGAUUUACCCCCAUCCACCCAAAGACCCACCCCUCUCAGCCGACCUUUGCUCUUUGGAAAACUCAACUUUCCUCUCGACAUCGGAAUCGAUGACCACUUUAUUGAACUACGAAGACACGACAACUAUGAUAAUGAUGGAAGAAAUGACGACGUCUGACUCUGGGAAUUCGGAGCCUUCCUCGUUUGAUUUGUAUAAGAUUUCAUACACCUGGUGGGGUAUAUUCUCAUUCAUCGUUUCCGUUAUCUCUGCUAUCAUCAUCAGCAUCUUAACAGGCCCUCAGGAUCCGAGAAAAUUAGACCCCCGUUUGAUAUGUCCAGUGGUCGAUAGAUUGUGUUGCUACCUGCCUGAGAAAUGGAAGAUACCACUCCGCUGCGGGGUAGGCAAGGACUUUAACGAGGACGAGACGGAAUACGAGUACCAAGCAAUGAGGAAACAGGAUCGAGUGAACCACGAAAAUGAAGGAGGAAUAGAAUUCCAGAAAACGGCAGAAACUUAAUACGAAAAAGAGUAAUAUUCUCAUCAAGUUCACAGUCGUUUUUAUUCGAGAUUCGCAAUUUUAGAUUAUUUGUGGUGAUGCGCUAUGAUAUUGAUGAAAAUGCACUCGACUACCUUUUGCCAUGUUUGCAGAAACGUCCAGGCCAUCACUUUGGCCUUUAUUAUGUACGAAAAUUAAACAGAAGACGUGCUACAGGUUUCAGGCGUUCUUUUUCAUCUAUUACCUCUGUAACUCCCUCCCUUCUUCGCUCCGUUAAACUGACAACAUUGAGCUCAAACAGCCCCUCAAAACUUACUUAUUUCAGCAGAUGUGUUGUAAUUAGCUUAAUUGGAUUAAUCUGCGCCUAUGAAUGUUUUUAACAGAAAUAUGGCGCAAAAUAAAUUAUGUGGAUCAUCUUCAUCAUCAGGUUCAGAAAGAUAUAUAAUAGGGAGGUUUCAUAACCACGAUACAAAACGCUUUCAGGAACGUAGAGAAAGUAUUGUCAAAUGCCCUUCAGCGAAAUGUAGUCUUUGUCGAGGGUUGGUUAUUCAUUAGUUUAUGAUCUGGAUUUAUUUCCUUUUUAUUACGUAUACCAUGUAUACACCUACAUGUAUGUUCCUUUGUUUGAUUUUGAAUAUUGAAUGAAGUAAUGAUUUGAAAAAUAUGUGCUGACCAUUUUGAAGGUAAUAUUAAUAACACCGUAUUUGCAUGCGCAGUUAUGGAAGGUGCGAACUAAGGCGCAUCAAGAAUUAAAUGAAUUAUCUUUAACCGGUUUAGAUAAUAUCGGGACAUUUUUGGCCAUUCGCAAUAUAUGUAGUGUACGUGUCGUACGUUACUUUACAAUUUCCUGACAAGUGGAACAUGGUUCUCACUAUCUUUGAAAAUACGAUUAAAAUGAAAAGUUAUAUGGUCAUAUAUGAAGACAGACAUGUUCCCUCAUUUAUAAUGUACCUUUCCUUGUAUUUCUCUAAGUUCUCUUUGCCUUUCUGUUUUGCUCUCUUCUAAGAGCCUCGAGCUUUUGAAGAGUUUAGUUGCAAAAGGGGUUAGGUCCACUCUAGACCAUUCCGAGAAAAACCAUGUUUUUUAUUCUCACUUAUUGCAAUAUUUCAUGAGAAACUAAAUUGUCAUGAUAUACUACCCUAUCAUGUGAACAUAUAAUUGGGUAUAAAAUAAAUCUACCUGUCUUCAUUUUUUUUCUAUAUAUUUUUUUUAAUUAUCAUCGUGGACCCAACCCCUUUUGCAACUAAACUGAAAUGAAUCCAAUCUCUUUUGAUUAAAAACGUGAUUUUUCUUUGCCACUUUCAUUCACGUUUUUAUUUGAAUUUCAAAUUUUCUUUGGUAUCAUCAGAGUGACUAAAAAUUUAGAGGUUUAGAGACAGAAAACAAUAAAAUUUAUGAACAUUGGACCUAAUCCCUUUUGCAAGUGAGCUCUUCAUUUAAUGAAAAUGGAAGAGACACUAUUUAAAUCCUAUGUUUUAUUAUGUGGAGCGUUGUGGCCCAGUGGAUUAGUCUUCUGACUUUGAAACAGAGGGUCGUGGGUUCGAAUCCCAGCCAUGGCGUAAUUUCCUUCAGCAAGAAAUGUAUCCACAGUGUGCUGCACUCAACCCAGGUGAGGUGAAUCGGUACCCGGUAGGAAGAAAUUCCGUGAAUACUUGAGCGCCUAGGCAGCCCAGCUAAAGCUGGGUUAAUAAUAUCCAAUUCCUUUGGAAGCGCAUAGACACGUUAUUCAUAAUGUAUUAUGCGCUAUACAAGAACUGACUAUUAUUAUUAUUAUUAUCAUUAUUAUUAUAAAUGUAGUAUGCCAAAUGUGAUAGAAGGGAUAGGGCAUGUACCUCAGCCCCCGUGCUCCACCAAUGGCUGGUAUCAAACUAGACAACCAUAUAUAGGAAUGCAUACUUAAAUAAAAAUUGUAAUAAGAUUUUUUCAAAUUAUUCGAACAUACGUGCCUUUCUCAAUUAUGAUGUUUGCAUAAAAACCUGUAAUGACACCUCGUAUUUGCGGAACAAUAAAUACAUUGUAUUUGCUCAGUCUAUUAGUUUUGUUGUUUGAAUGACUGACAAACAUUGGAUGUGCCACAUAUGUAGGGUUCUUUUCACCUACAUGGAUGUUCUGUAUACAGUACAUUAUGAGUAUUUGUGAUUUAUUGGUCCAAUUUCUUCCGGUGUGUCUGUAAACCUUCAUAGGUCUACUCAUAUUUUAAACAGAAGUGUUUUGAGAAAGAAUAUUCGUGAGGAUUAUGAUGAUGGCAUUGGGAGAUGACACCUAAUAAAAAGAUGAUCAUCCUCAAUUUAGUUUCAUAGUCAUUUUCAUUUUCUUUCAGAGAUUUGGUGUAUAAUUAGAGCGCGUGCUGUGAAAAUACUUACGUUCACAUCGACUGAAAUAUAUUUUUCCCCAUCUUCUGUUAAAGGUCAAGUCCACCCAAGAAAAUGGUUGAUUUGAAUCGAUAGAGAAAGAUCUAACCAACGCAUCGCUAAAAAUGUCGUUAAAAUCGGAUGUAAAAUAAGAAAGUUAUGAGACAUUUUUCAGUUUUUCUUAUUUUUCACAAAACAGUUACUUGAACAACUCAGUGAUGUGCAAAUGAGACAGUCGAUGAUGUCCCUCCCUCAAUAUAAUUUUUUAAAUUGUUAUAAAAUAUUUCAUUUUUUCAAUUUCUACAGAUUUGACAAUGAUGACCAAUCGGCUUAACCAUAAAGUGUUAAAAUAAUGGCAAUUCCACUUGUUCAGGGAGGAAUAGAAAUGUCUUUCACACGACAAUGAGGAAAAACACUAUAUUUUUUCAUAUUUCAUGUAACAAAAUACAAAAGAAAUAGUAAGUGUGUGACGGUAUCAGUCUGCUCAUUUGCAUACCUACCAGAAUGUGCAUUAUAACUUUUUUAGUUUUUGAAAUUAAGCGAAACUUUAAAAUGUCAUAAAUUUCUUAUUUUACACCCGAUUUUGAUGAAAUUUUCAGUGUCAUGAUAUGCUUGUUAGAUUUUCCCCUUUUGUUCAAAUCAAUUUUUUUUGU